GCCAAAGUUGUCAGGGCAGGCGUGAGUCCACGGGAACGAGCACUGCUGUUGGAUUACACCGUCCAGGGAAGAACAGGAGGGACGGGAGCGUCGCUGUCUGACUAACCUGACAAGAAACGAAGUGCUUUCACACGGUGGUCGGUCGACGGGACAGUUGACGGGGAUUUAACGUCACCCAGGACAACUGGACUGUGUUCUCUUCUCUCCGAGGACCGUCUCACACCAGUAGAGAAGCUCUGCUCAGGAAGCCAUGCUCAUAAACGUCUUUCUCUUGCGGUGAGCUGCCUCGCGGACAGUCAGAGGCACAAUGGCGGACUUGCCUAUUGCCCCAGGCCAGGUCUACAUCGAGGUGGAGUACGACUAUAAAUACAAGUCCAAGGACCGCCUCAUUUCCAUCCACCAGGGGGAAUGCUACAUGCUGGUCAAGAAAACCAACGAGGACUGGUGGCAGGUUAGGAAGGAAGAGGGAGCUAAAGCGUUCUACGUACCUGCUCAGUAUGUCCGCGAGGUCCGCAAAGCCCUCAUGCCACCCCCUAAACCUCUCCCACAUCCCCCUGCUGCCACUGGCAACACAGCUCCACAGAGUGCGGGUGCGCUCUGGGUGAAGCCAGCCAAUCUGGAGCUGGGACUCAAGGACCGGCCCGCUGAGAACCUCCACAGACAUGAGUCCAGCUAUCGGCCCGCCACCUCCUCUGCCCACAGUCCUCCGAUUCAGCGCAGGGACAGCAACCACCACCAUCACGCCCCCAGCACCCCCACCGAGCAUGAUCGAGCCCUGGCUGAAAUCCUCGCCCAAGGUGGAGUCCCCCAGCCUGACCACAAAGGGAAGGCCAACAGUCUGCCCCGCGCUCGAGCUCGAUCUCCAGAGCUGGUCAGAGCCCCGCUGGACGUGGACAGCGCCCAGCACUGUGACUCCGCGGGCGAAGACAGACGCACCAACGACUCGGAGUCAGGAGACGAACUGAGCAGCAGCUCCACCGAACAUCUCCAGACGGUGCCUUCAUCGGGCCAGGGCCGCUCCGAGUCGCCCGUUUACACUAACCUCCAGGAACUGAAGAUCACCCAGACCAACCUGCCCCCUUUCCCCUCCGGCUCCCCCCUCCACGUCCUGGGUGAAUGGGAGACUUACAAGGACCAGAAUGGCAGACACUUCUACUACAACCGCUCCACCCAGGAGAGGACCUGGAAGCCGCCCCGGGCCAGGGACACCAGCAUGGGGAGCUCCAGAGGAGAGAACCACAGCGCAGGGGAAAGCUCUGAGACCACUCCUCUCUCGCUCUCGCCAUCAAUCCUUCCCUUCCUCUCGUUCUCCAUUGGUCGACUCCAGCCUCUGUCAUCGGAGGACACCUGCUUCAGUACCUACUCUAGCCAGUCAGACAGUCAGUGUGGCUCGCCGCCGCGUGGUUGGUCGGAGGAGAUGGACGAGCACGGCCACACGCUGUACAUCAGCGACUAUACUAAUGAGAAGUGGUUAAAACAUGUUGAUGAGCAGGGCAGACCGUAUUACUACAGUGCAGAUGGUUCGCGGUCCGAGUGGGAGCUGCCAAAGUACAACCACUCCCCUCCGCAGCCGUCUGGAGACGCUCCAAAGAGUCGCAGUUUGGACAGGAAACACGUGGAGCCCAUCGUCCUGACCAAGUGGAGACACAGCGCCUACGUCCAAGACCCCAACGACAAGGACGCUCCUCAGGGCCCAAAGCCCCCCUCCCCCGACUCUGACUCCUGCCCUUCAUCUCCCAAGCCCCCCGCCUCUCCGUCUGAAAAGCACGGCUCCCUGAACGUUACGAAGAUCACUGAGCAGGGCAAGAAAGUGCGGAAGAACUGGACCUCCUCCUGGACCGUACUCCAAGGAUCCAGGCUGCUGUUUACGUUUACCAAAGGCCAAGGAGGUGGAACCAGCUGGUUUGGAGGCGGUCAGUCCAAACCGGAGUUCACCGUGGAUCUGAGGGGCGGCUCGGUCGAAUGGGCGUCCAAGGACAAGUCCAGCAAAAAAAACGUCAUAGAGCUGAAGACUCGACAGGGCACAGAGCUGCUCAUCCAGUCAGAGAACGACGGUCUCAUCAACGACUGGUACCGAGCGCUGCAGGACACCAUCAGCACCCAUGCCUGGGAGUCUGAUGAAGCCAUUGAAGAGGACAUGCCGGAGUCGCCUGGCGUGGAGAAACAUGACAAGGAGAAAGAACACAGAGACUCAAAGAAAGGCAGAGCCAUGAAGACCUCCACCAGCAUGGACAGCUCGGACAACAAGAAGACCCGACACAAGCUGAAGAAGUUCCUGACCCGCCGUCCCACCCUGCAGGCCGUCAGAGACAAGGGAUACAUCAAAGAUCAGGUGUUUGGCUGCAGCCUGUCCAGUCUGUGUCACAGGGAGAGCAGCAGCGUGCCGAGCUUCGUCAAGAUGUGCAUCGACCACGUGGAGAACAACGGUCUGUGUGUGGACGGGCUCUACAGAGUUAGCGGGAACCUGGCUGUCAUACAGAAGCUACGCUUUGCCGUGAAUCACGACGAGAAGGUGAACCUGUUGGAUGGGAAGUGGGAGGACAUCCAUGUGACCACUGGAGCUUUGAAGAUGUACUUCAGGGAGCUGCCGGAGCCCCUCUUCACCUACGCUCUCUUCCACGACUUUGUCAGCGCCAUCAAGAUUCCAGACUACAAGCAUCGAGUUCAGUCCAUCAAAGAGCUGGUCCGCCAGCUGCCGAAGCCCAACCACGACACCAUGCAGGCGCUCUUCAAACACCUCAGGAAGGUGAUCGACUACGGUGAGGAGAACCGCAUGACCACCCAGAGCGUGGCCAUCGUGUUCGGCCCCACGCUGCUGCGGCCGGAAACGGAGACCUGGAACAUGGCGGUCCACAUGGUCUACCAGAACCAGAUCGUGGAGCUAAUACUGCUGGAGUACGAGAACAUUUUCGGCAGGUAGAAAGAGACACCGAUGGAUGAGCCUCUUUGUUUUUUUGGGGUUUUUUUUCUCUCUGUCUCUCUCUCCCCACGCAGAGCUCUUCCUAACCCAGCCCAGCCCGGCUCGGCUCGGCCCAGUCUGGCCCGGCCCAGCCCGGAGGCAGCUUCUCUUUAUCUCAAACCGACAUGCAUUCGCUGGCCUCUCCAGUCUUAGAACCUGUGGACCAAAGCCUCGCACUUUUGUCGUGGUUCACACAUAACGUAGACGUAACAAACUAGCGACCAAAAACAGUUUGCGACUCUCUGCACUUUUCAGUAUCUCGUUCUGUCCUGCAGCUGCUGUUCACUGCAAAGGUGACGUCUUCCUGUCCCGACACUGGAUUCCUAAACCCGAUGCAGGGGCCAAACAAGCCUCUGACUGCUGCACAGACUGACUGAGCCCAGAGGAGGCUCGGAGGCGUCAGUAUUGGAGGAGGAGGAGGAGGUGUAGCCUGUAUGUACUGUACUGUAUGUCCCACGACCUGUACGGACCACGCUGAGGAACCCACCUGAGAAACCAAACUGCUGUGCUCGGCUUUAGACAUUCAGACCCUAAAGAAGAACAAGAAGAAGAGGGGACGACAUGGAGGUCUAUAUGUCGUCAAAGAACAUGUCGUUCUGCCCUUUCUGCUCUCUCUUUAUUUCUCUUUAUUUUAAAUGUUUUGUUCCCCUUCGUCCUCUUUCCGCCAGAGCUUGUCACUCUGUUCUGUGUGUCUGCACGCCACCUUCUCCAUCUUGGCUUUAAGAACAAAUCGUCUCGCGGCGGUCAGAACUUGGAUAGAGCAAACAGUGGUACUCGGCCGGGUCUUGACUCUCGGAUCUGAAUUGUUCUGACAAACCGCCUCUGGAUGCGACUCUGUUGGUGAAUCUGUACAGUGUUUAUGUGUGUGCAUGUGGGGGGUGGACGGAUGAAUGGAUUUAAUGACGAUAUAUUGUACAAAUAGUAAAUACAAGUAAGUACGCCUGGAGUGUUAAGAAUGAGGGAGAAAAUGCUAUUUUGUGAUCUGUAAACAACAGAUGUGGAGGUUUGGAAGAUUGUGAAUGUGAUGUGGGACAGUAACUGUUGGCUUUAUCAAACUGGAAUAAAGACCUCUGAUACGA